GCCAUACAGUUGGCUGAUUGUUAUGUUUAUUCCCACAGGGUUAAAGGUCAAAACUGACACUGAAAACCAUCAGCCCGUAUGUCUUUCUGACUUAGAAAUACAAGCACCAGGAGACAUAGUAUCAAAAAAGACCCUGGUGAAAGUUCCCCAGAAAACAACAGGUAAAGAAAAUCAUGGUGAUACACACAGGAUGGGGAAAUGGCACCGAGAGUUUCCCGUGAAGAAAAGAAAGAAACUUUCAACCUGGAAACAAGAGCUGCUAAAACUUAUGGAUCUUCACAAGAAAGCUCGUGCUGGAGAGAAGCCAUUUAAAUGCCAGGAAUGUGGGAAAAGCUUCAAAGUUAGCUCUGACCUUAUUAAGCACCAAAGAAUUCACACUGAAGAAAAACCAUAUAAAUGUCAACAGUGUGACAAGAGGUUUAGAUGGAGUUCAGAUCUGAAUAAGCACUUAACAACACACCAAGGAAUAAAACCAUAUAAAUGCUCCUGGUGUGGGAAAAGCUUCAGUCAAAAUACAAAUCUACAUACACACCAAAGAACUCACACUGGCGAGAAGCCCUUUACGUGUCAUGAAUGUGGGAAAAAGUUCAGUCAGAACUCCCACCUUAUUAAACAUCGGAGAACCCACACAGGUGAGCAGCCAUAUACUUGUAGCGUAUGCAGAAGAAACUUCAGCAGGAGGUCAAGCCUUCUUAGACACCAGAAGCUCCACCGCUGAAUGGAAGUUUAUCCAGUGUUCUCAUUCUGAACAAACUCACCAAGUAGAGGUUCACCCUGAGAUUUAUGAAAAAAUACAAAAUUAUGAAGCAUGAGUAAUCCUUCAUCAGUGGAAAAGUUGGUGAUAUAAACGUAUUUCACAGAAAGGAAUCAAGGUUGACUCUGCAGGGAUCUCUGUAAGUAGUUUUGAACUACUUACAUUUUUACACGUAACCUUUGGGGAAUUCCUUAGCAAGAAAGGUGUUGAAAGAACAUUCUCAGUAGGGAAACAUUUUUGCAGUUGUACCUGGCAAAACACCAAAUUCAGCCUUAAAUGGCAGAUGCAUACAUGAAUUAGUCUUCUGUGAUUACAGAGGGUAAAUACUGUUGGCUUUGCAUUGAAUUCCCAGCCACUUUUAAACACACUGAUAGAAACAUUUGUAGCAUGGUCUUCCAAAAGAAAAAGCAAUAACCUGCAUGAGUGAUUGGAUACCAUUGCCUUUAAGGUAGUAGGCUUACCAAUUUCAAAAGUCCUAUGACACAAAAAUGAGUUCUCUUGUCAAAUUUUCCAAGAGCCAAAUUCGAUUUUCUUUCUCUCACUUGUCACUGGACACUGUUCCCAAAGUUGGACAUUUUAGCAACUUUAGCUCUUGAAUCCUUUUAGUACCGUUUUUACUGUGAUGAAAUGCUAUUUACUUCACCGCUAGGGAAUCUGCCAGAUAAACUAAUGAUGCACUAUCUUAUA